GUGCGCUCUUGACCUCGUCGCCUCCUCCUUACGCUUAGAGCCCGUUCAAUCCUACUCACAUUAUGUUCAAGAAGCCCCUUUCUGACGUCAAAACAACUGCACCUCUGCGCACCUCUGAUCGCCGGAAACUCAAGCAACGCGUCCUCGAGACCUACAACCAUGUCGCGCCCGAGGAUGGCGAUGUCCUCGUGCCGGAAGGCUUGCAUCACCAGAAGUUCGUCACUUACGCGGACGAUCCAGGGGUGGCCUACUUCUCCAUGGAGGGCGACCCGUUGUGGUUCACGAUCGGGAAGGACUCCAAUGCUCUCAUCCCAACGGUAUACACGCUCUGGAAGUGCCCCAAUCUCCUUCCCUUCCUCUCCACACCCGCACCGGUUAUCCCCAAGCUCGUCGGCGGUGCCGAUCUCAUGAUCCCAGGAGUGGUCCAGCACUCGCCCGGUCUGCAAGAGGACCAGCUCGUUGCGAUCACGCAGUACCAUAGAGAGAAGCUCGGGCACCCGAUUGCAGUCGGCCGGAUGGCAGUGGAUGAGCUCACGCUUGAGAGAGCGGAGGAGAAUGAUGUGAAGGGGAAAGCGGUGUACGUGUUGCAUACGUGGAAGGAUGCGUUGUGGGAGAUAGGCGCGAGCAACGGCCAGGACGUCCCGGAGCCCAGAACUCUGGAGCCUGCAACGAAUGGACAGAGGGAGCAGGAGGAGGAGACGGGCGGACAAGCACAAGAGGCGGAUGGACAGCCUACGGCAAAUGGCGUGGCAGAGCAACCGCAGUCUGUCACUAACGAACAUGCCGUCGCUGCAGAGGCCUCAUCACUACCUCUUACUCCGGAGGACGUGUCGCAUUAUCUACGCGAUGCAUUACUACAAGCCCUGCAGACAUCGCUCGCCUCCCUUCCUGCGUCUUCCUUUCCUAUACCUGCCUCGACAUUCUGGAGCUCUUACAUCCUUCCUGCACGGCCUGUGUAUGCCACCGGCAGGAGAGGACCACUAGACCCAAGCAAGAUCGAUGUGAAGCACUCCACGCACAAAUCAGUCAAAGCGUUCUUGAAAGCUUGUGCGAAGGACGGUCUCAUCAAGCUCAAGGAUGCUAAAGGUGGCGAUGUAUUCGUAACAGCCGUGUUCCCGAAGCAUUCUGAUGUUGCUGAACAUAGAGAGCAUCGUACGGUCAAGGAUGCCGAGUUGAAGCAACAGAAGGCGGAAGAUAGGGAGCGGAAGGAGAGAGAAGCGGAGGAAAAGCGGAAGGGCGAGAUCCAUAUCACAGAACUCUGGAAGCCUUUUGGCACAACGCUCAGCUUCUUCGUAGCUGCCGACAAACAGACGUCCGAGCUUUUUACGCUCUCUGAUAUCAAAACGAUCGUCAAUACGUACAUCGCCUCUAAGAGCCUCGUCAAUGCGCAAGAACAGGCAUACAUCAACGUCAGUCAAGAUGACGCGCUCCUCGCCGCAGUGACCAGCAAAAAUGAGUUAGGCGUGGAGUUCCUGAAGCGCGAAGAGGUUCUGACGCGUCUUCGGGACCACAUGCAAGGCUGGUAUGAGAUUCGGGUGGAAGGUAAAGAUCCCUUGCGAAAAAAGGGCCAGCUAAAACCGGUCCAGGUGGUCAUGAAGAUACGCCAGGGCCGCAAGGCGUGCACGCUCGUGACCGGCUUCGAGCCGUACUCCCUCAGCGCGGAGGACCUCGCGGAGGAGCUCCGGCGGAUCUGUGCUAGCUCGACGUCCGUGAACCCCGUCCAUGGGAAGGCGUCGGAGAUGGAGGUGAUGGUGCAGGGAAAGCAAAUCAAGGCGGUAACGGAUCUGCUCGUGAACAAGGGCGUGCCGAAGAAGUGGAUCGAAGUCACUGACAUGACGGCGGAGAAGAAGAAGAAAUAAUCACCGUACGCGGAAUAUACGCAGGCUCUGUAUUUGUGUUCGACGGUAGUCGUGCCGAGAUCUGUAGCUAUUAGUCUGUCUUGUAUUACACACACCUUGACACUUGAAUUUAGCUGAUCGUUGAGCGUUCAAUGGCUCAUGCACUCAUGGCCGGCGAGAGCGGGCUAUUACGUGUAGAAAACGGUCUGUUUUGGGCUUUCACAGUAGAUGUCGACAUCGUCGCGUUUACGACAGCGCAGAUC